UAAUAUUGUGGACGUCAAUCAUAAACGGAAGUACGGAAAAUACGAACCAUUUAUUUUGGCCGGACAGUCCGGUCAAGUACAUUACUGCACAUAUCCGAGUGAAAAGAAAGAUAAGGCCAACUGGUGGACAGUAUGUAAGAUGAGGGCCAGAUCAGAGAUAGACAUGCCCGAUUCCAUUACUCCAGCGUUCGAAGAGGAUAUUAUAGAACAACCUCUAAACGUUAUAACAGAUGAGGGUUCAAGAAUUUUGGUUGAUCCGGUCGGGGAAGUUGAAACAGAUGUGUUUUUCGCUCCUCCAGAGGUGGAGGACGAAGAACAAGUGCCGUCAAUAUCAGACGAAGAAGAUAUACUUGAAGACGAUGACGAUGACGAUUAGUACGGUAAAUUUUGUAUUAGAUAUGCAAGGGAGGAGUGCUACUGGGACAGGCCGGACUCGGCCCCCCACACUAGCUGUUGUUGAGGAGGAGGACGACCUGGCAGCUCCUCCAGAGGCGGCUGUGGCGCAGGAGGGUGUGGAGCCAGCUCCAGCACCUCGUAGACCUCGAGCUCGGCGCCAGCCCGUUGAGGGGGAAGUCUUGGAUGCCACUGGCAGAAUCCGAGUCAUCCCCAACGCAAAGAGGAACAGGUUGCUCGAUACCAGCACAGUAUCCAGAGAGUUGCGGGAAAUCUUCCAGAGUCGGUGGUGGGCAAAAAAAUUCUUCUGGGAGGAUGAAUUCGAGGAACGAGUCAUCCGAAUCACUUUCGAGAAGCAUGCUGCGAAACGGUAUUCUGACAGGUUGUCCACCUACAAGACUUCUCGUGAGAGAGACGUGUCUAUUACAGACGACGUGUGGCAGGCCUGGGAGAGAGUUUGGGACUCUGACGAGGCAAAGAAGAAAUCGGCCCAGGCGCGGGCCAAUCGGAUGAGCGAGCCAGCCGGAGCUGGUACUGGACCGGUUCGACACACCGGAGGCUCGAUGUCUGCUUUGAAGCAUAAGGCUGUUUUGGCUAGGGAGCUGGGGCGUGAGCCGACACAUGAUUUCCCUGAAAAAUGGGAGCGUUUUGAGCAGGAGAUGUUGGCCGCCACACAGACAGCCGAGGGGAGUACUGCAUCUACCCCAGUGGACCCAGACCAGGUUUAUCUCGCUGUUGAGGGGGUGAAGAAGCGGCGUGUCUACGGAUUAGGCUUAGUUGGUUCUGAGUUCGUCGCCUCGCAGCGGGGUACUUCUAGUAGACGACCCGGCAGCUCCUUUCAGACCGUGUCGCCAGCCGCCGAUGAGAGAUUUCGUACUGAUCUCAUCGCUCAGUUCGCGGAUACGAUCCGCGAUCAGGUCCAGAUUACGGUUGCAGCGGCGAUGCAGCAGAUGCAGCAGCGGGCCCAGGGAGAUGUGCUACCUACUCCUCCACCACCGCCUCCACCGGGUACUGAUAACGGUGUCCCAGAUGACGACAUCACAGAUUUGUAG